AGGGCUAUUUAUUGCGUUUUACAAAUAACAUGUGAAUUUGGUAUUUUCUGGGUUUGUUCAUUGGACUGCAGUUGAAUUUGUUUUUCCUUUUUACUCUGUUUUCAUUUUUUUCUUUUUUGCGCUUUCAUAGCAUUUGUUUGUUGUAAGCGCGUGUGUCGGAUUUGUUUACACCUCUACUGCUGUUCUGGGGAAGUGGAUUUCACUUUGGUAUAGUAAUUCACACCAUGGAACUGGAGAAGAUUAUUCGAGAUACUCUCUCUGAUUUCAUUCAUUUUCACAUUCCCAAUGCCGAUUUGAGCAUUGUCGAUGAUGUGGUUCUUUCCUAUUUCACUGGCGUAAUGGAAGAUUUAGGAUCCCCGGAAUCUACAGAGGAAAAUUUUGACAUUGAAUCAUUUGUAGAAAUGAUGGAGGCAUAUAUCCCUGGUUUUGCAGAAAUCAGUAGUGUUAAAGUUUUUGAAAUGAUAUUUGAGUUGGCAGAAAAACUAUCCGAAGCCAGGAAUAAAGGUAAACAUUGCAAUGGUUACUUUACAUUGCUUGCUAAGUUGACUUCAAGCAUUAUCACUGAAGAAUUCACUGAUGCAGAACCUCAAAUCCAACUGCUUCUGGAGAUGUUCCCAUCAUGCAGUGUUUCUGAAGUCAAACGAGUACUUCAUACAACUAAAGGGAACUUGGAGGAAACUGUUCAUCUAAUAAUGGAGGGGGAAGAAAAUCGGAGCACAUAUCUUCCUGAGGUAUUGUCCAUUAACUUGGCAUCAUGUAAACCUCAACAUGAAGACCUAAAAAAGACUAUUCUAAAUAAAUAUAUGCUAGUGGAAUGUGAUAAGGACGAGAAGUUUCACAGACCAGUAGCCCCAAAAGAGGUACCAAAGAAAUUGAUCCGUUAUAUUGACAACCAGGUAGUGAGCACCAAGGGAGAACGCUAUAAGGAAAUUAAAAAACCUGAAAGUGAGGAGAUGAAGAAAACCUAUGUCAACCUCAAACCAGCCAGGAAGUACAGAUUUCACUAACAUGCAUUAACUUCCACCUGUGUGUGUCAAGUCAGCAUGCUUCCCUGUAGCGUGUUGUUCUAACCCACACUUCAUUAAGUUGAGGUUUUGCAGUGUUAAAAAAAAGAAAGAAAAUAGGCAAAUCUUUAACUUCAAAGGACACUGAAAGCAGACUAUACAGAUACCGUAUCUACAUGCCAAAGUUAAGCUUGCUGAUACAGGUUGUGAACCUUUUGUUGCUACUUCGGUUUCUGGAGCACACAGGUAGUGGCUGUACAACAGAAAACUGAAUGAUAAUCACAGAUCUGUCCUUUGGGUGGUAGACUGCAAUGAACAAUAUAUACUGUGCUCUAUGACAUUCUUCUGAGAUAACUGCUAAAUUUGCCUAUACGACUUGACUUAUAAAUGAAUAGAUAAGGAAAAAACGACCUGCAUCUCAGAGAGUACCAUGCCUGACUUGAUGCUUGAAAGAGGUGGGGGGCAUUGCUAAAUUUUUGCAUAGUUUUUAUGUGAUGGCAAAGAAGAAGACAUUAAUGGAUUUUUUUACCUCUUUGAAACUUUAUGAUCAAGAAGUUGCAUUAAGGAUGUGAAGCUGGGGAAAUAGCCUGAACAAAGAAAAGAAAAACAGUUAUUUUUUGAAGCAAGACUGCUGUCUUCACUUGAGUAUAUACCCUGCAACUAUAUCACAUGACAAUAUUGCUGGUGCAUGCCCCCUUUGGACUCGUACAUGGCAUCUCUGCACCAUUGUUAGAGGAUGUGCAUGCAUCAGUAUUGAACUGGUAACCCUCAGAACAAACAGUGCUUCUAUUUAAAGCUUGACUUCAUGAUUUCUUAACCUUUCCAUUCACCUCAUAGUAGUUUUCUGAAUGCUCAAAAUCUGGUGUAUUCUCAAUACUUCAGUUGCUUCUACCAGAUGGAUUUCUAAUUUGAUAGGAUACAUGAGUUAAAGAAUAUGGUGUAGCUGUUUUUCUCAUUGAGCCUGGGCAGUUGGGUAUUCCACAGCAAAAUAGAUGCCUUUUAUGUGGCAUAUGAAUGUUUGUGCUGCAUACUGACCAUCCUGACAGUCACUGAGAAGCAGCUGAUCAGAAUGAACACUGUAGGUUUACCACAUGAUAUGCAGUAUGUUUCUAGAUUUUGUAUCCCAUAUAUUGUAACCUCCUCUUUGUAUAAAAAUAUUUCUCUCUC